UGGACAGAACACCUACAUAAAGAACUUCUCUCCCUAGAUUGUGUGCUCGACCUGCUGCAGUCAUGUGUGACCAGACCUUCCUGGCCAUCACCUUUGGGCCCUGCGAAAACUGCACCGAAAACAAACCUCUCAUGAACCUCUACAUCAAGACGGACCCCAUUAACUACUGCUCACUAUGUGUGGAGACGAUGGCGUGUCAGGGACUUCAGUCGGGCGAGAGCUUGGUAUCGCUGAAGACUGAGAGCGAUGCCCUGAAGAAGAAGCUCGAGGAGGAGCGGGCAAAGCUGCAUGAUGUGGAGCUCAACCAGGUGGCUGAGAAGGUUGAGGUGCUUGGUGCAUUUAACAUGAAGACCCGUCGCAUAUUAAAGGGACAUGGAAACAAGGUGUUAUGUAUGGACUGGUGCAAAGACAAACGUCGCCUGGUCAGCUCCUCACAGGAUGGGAAGGUGAUUGUUUGGGAUGGUUUCACCACCAAUAAGGAGCAUGCAGUGACCAUGCCAUGUACCUGGGUGAUGGCAUGCGCUUAUGCCCCCUCUGGAUGUGCUGUGGCCUGUGGUGGAUUGGAUAACAAGUGUUCCGUGUACCCUCUGUCAUUGGACAAAAACGAGAACCUGGCUUCCAAGAAGAAGUCGGUUGCCAUGCACACCAACUACUUGUCCGCAUGCAGCUUCACAAACUCCGACAUGCAGAUCCUUACUGCCAGUGGGGACGGUACAUGUGCCCUGUGGGACGUGGAAAGCGGCCAGCUGCUCCAGAGUUUCCAUGGUCACACAGCUGACGUCCUCACCCUUGAUCUAGCUCCCUCCGAAACAGGAAACACCUUCGUCUCUGGGGGAUGUGAUAAGAAGGCUAAUGUAUGGGACAUGCGCUCUGGCCAGAACAUCCAGUCCUUUGAGACUCACGAUUCUGACAUCAACAGUGUCAAGUACUAUCCCAGUGGCGAUGCCUUUGCCUCUGGCUCUGACGAUGCUACAUGUCGUCUGUUUGACUUGCGUGCGGACCGCGAGGUGUCUAUCUACCAGAAGGACAGCAUAAUAUUCGGAGCCUCCAGUGUGGACUUCUCUCUAAGCGGUCGCCUGCUUUUAGCUGGCUACAACGAUUACACCAUCAACGUGUGGGAUGUGCUGAAGGGAACGCGAGUCUCUGUCCUGUUUGGCCACGACAACCGUGUCAGUUCCGUCCGGGUCUCACCCGACGGUACCUCCUUCUGCUCCGGCUCCUGGGACAGUACCCUGCGGAUUUGGGCCUAGAGCCUCUGACAUCAUCGGAAUUAGGGGUCGGAGUUCUCCAAAAUUCUGCUAUCAACCACAAAGGGAUUCAUACAGCUUCCCUUGUCUAAUUACAGAGUGUGGAUAUCCAACAUCUAUCCAAAUGCAAUCCACAUACAAUAACAGUCACAUCAAACACACACAUUCAUGCACACAAGGGUAUGUUAUUGUUGCUUUUAUUAAUCUUACAAUGUCAGACAAUAAAUUCAGCAAUCCAAGCAAUCAAGGUUUGUCAAACGCAACAGAAUGCUAUUUGAUUGGACAACCACGUAUUAAUUUAUAUUCCUAAUCAUGUAGUUGUUUUUAGAUUGAUUAUUACAGAUUUUGUGCUAGUAAUAAUACUGUUUGCGUUGCUGUUAUUUAGUAUAUUCUAUGAAGUGGAAGCCAUUCUAAAGGCCCAUGUCAGACCCUUAGAGCUCUGAUGCUUCUUCAGACCCAGCAGCAUGCAUACUGGCCUUUAGGCCAUAGCCAUGUACAGUAUUACAGAUUGUCUUGUAAAUUUACUCUACCACUUUUGACUGUUCUGUUACCCCUUGUAAACUGUUAUCUGUGAUAGAUAGGCAGUUUAAAAGUCAGGUAUUCCCUGAGUGAAACUUAGCUCCUUCUCAGAUACAUGUACAAUACUGUUUAUAAUCAAUGUACUGGUUACAGAGACUGAGUUGGACCACUUGCAGUAUUGUUGUCUAGGCUUUCUUCUUUUUGUAAGAUUUAUCGGUUCCUUAUGUACACAGACAAUUGAGUAAUGACAAAAAAUAAAUGUUGUUUAAAGAAUUCCUAAA